AUGGAUCGCUCGAGAUACACGAGUUUGCCCUCAGCAGCGCCGCCUACCUGGGCAUCUGGAGAUGCACGUAGCAACCUCGCCGUUCAACCUGCAGCAAAUGCGGGAAGUAUCAAGCUCAAGAAGAACGCCGUCAAGAUGGUCGGGGCUGCUGGGCCCAUACCUGUUGCUCCAUCGCGACCUGCAGCUUCUACCCAACCAGUGACAUCCUCCCCCGCUCAAGGCUCAGUCAAAGCGGAGCCCAAGGCCACUGAAGGACAAACGAAUGCUAGAGCCAUUCCUGAACCAAAGGCAGCUUCAGCCCAGAAAGGGAACCUGGCAUCUUCUACGACUACGAUUACUCCAAAGGCGGCUCUGUUACAGAGGGAGGACGUCAAGUUCAAGAGCGAUGCCUUCGAAGAGUCUGCCAUGGACGCACUCUAUGCUCACCUGAACAGCAAGACUGUCCUUGCCCCCCGUACUCCCGUAGGCAGUACCUCAUCAAGGCCCGAUCAAGCCAAGUUUUCAUUCCGCGAUCGACUUGGGGAAGCUAAGGCGGACAAGAUCAAGACUGAUAAUGCAGAGGCUGAGCAGGCAGAAGCCGAGAAGGCGGACAACAAGAAGACUGAUGGCGACAAGCUUACGGUAAUGACACAAGAGGAGCUGGAGAGUGCGUACAUGCGCAAGGCCAGUGAGUACAUUCAGACUCUACCAGAUAGCAAUGAGAACGCGGCCAGUCUUAUCAAGGCCAUGUCGAGAAAACUGCGCAGCUCGUAUACACCAGAGGUCAAGAUGGAUGUCGAAAAGAACGAUCUCAUCAAGGCACGUCUAGCCUUCGCUGUCGCCAACGACAUCAAUAAGAUAUUAAAGAAGCGCCCAGAGCAGCCACGUACACCGGACUCCAUCAAACAGACGCUCAAGGAUGCGGAUGGAGAUUUUCUCAGGCUGUGUGCUAAACUUGUAGAAGAGGGUUACGUAUCCCUAGAGACACUCGCCGAAGUAUCUGGUAUUGUCGCAACCAUGCGCAACGUCCUUCCUGAGGCAGAAUCAUCUAUCGCUGGGGCUAUCAAAGCGCCCCCUAUGGCAACACCUCCUGUUGCAUCGAGUGCUGAGAACAGCAAGCCUGUCUCUAAGACCCCGGUUAACAACAUGAAAGGAUGGCCGACCCAGGAGAAGCGCGAGAAUCUGGCUGCUCAUCGCACUUGCAUCCUGAAAGGAGUUGCAGGCACCACCAGCAUCAACCAACUGCAAGCUCUGGUGUGGGGUGGCAAGCUUGAGUCCAUUUCUGUGCCAGAAUCGGGCUCUUCCAAUGCUCUCGUCAAGUUCCUUACACCCGAGGCGUGUGAGAAGUACCACAAGGCCACUGCGAAUGGUAUCGAGGUCGUUGGCGAUAUCAAGAAGACGGUCGUGUUCGUCGAGAAGGCCGAGGGUCCAAACUCUAUCAACGAUGUCAUUCGUAACUGCAUCGACGGCGAUGCAUCGCGCUGUGUGCGAGCUAUUGGUGCCGACAAGUAUAGCGACAUGGCACUCAUGAAGCUCGCCCGGGGCAAGAGCGUCAACAAACGUGAUGUCGACCGCAUCAAGAGCGGAAAGACUGCUCGUGGUCAUCCGUAUGUUGAGUUCCGCUUCUCCAAUAUCUACCACGCUCUUAACUUUAAGCGCGAGCUUAUGGAUAACGAGGACUGGGAGCACUGUAGCAUUAGCUACGCCCUUGAUCCAUGUGAAUUGGCCAAGGGCAUCCAUUACAAGGAUGAAGAUGAGGAGUAG